AUGGCACAAGACCAUAGGAAGCUCAGUUCAGAAGUGAUUAGCCACAACAUCAGAGAGCUUGUCAACCGCGAUGCUUCGCUUAAGGUGAAGGUGAUCAUUACCCAUAUUGUUGAAAAAUGCAGGUACAUAAUAUCUUACAGGAAAGCAUGGAUCGCAAAGUGUAAGGCCAUAGAGUCACUGUACAAAAAUUGGGAAACAUCUUACAACGACCCGCCACAGUGGAUAUUGGUAAUGAAAACCUAUAUUCCUGGAAGAAUUUUCCCAAUAGCUUUCGCAUUGGUCGAAGGUGAAACAAAGGAAGCCUGA